UUUAAAAAUGAGACAAAGAAAUAAAAAUAAACUGACUGAUGAUCAAAUUGCAAAUUAUUUAUUAGCUGAAGACACCUUAGAUAUUGAGGAAUUGGACGAGGGAGAUGAUAUAAAUUUAGAAAAUUUAGAUGAGAUGCUUCAUAUGAUAAAGGAUGUCGAAAAUGAAGAAUUGUUUCUUGUUUCGCCUAAAUUUAAUAUUUCUGAAGUACUUCCAACCGAAACACAAUUAUCGGUGUCUCCAGUUAUACCAGUCACAACAAAUGCAGAAAUUUCUAUUUCACCAUCUCGGGACUCAUCUACACCUGUAACUUUAAAAAUCAUCACUAACAACGAGGUACUAGAAUAUGAUUAGAGUAAUAUACCAGUAGGUAAACCUAACUGGAAUAAAUCUGUUUGGUCUGAACCAUAUCCAACUAGUAAUUUACCAUUGCCACCACCUCAAGCAGAACUACUUACUCCACUUCAAUAUUAUUAAUUAUUCAUUGAUGAUAGUGUAGUUGAAAAUUUCGUAAAUCAAACAAAUUACUAUUCUUGUCAAAAAAAAUGGGUCGAGUAUCAAUACUUAUUUUUCUGAAAUGGAACAGUAUUUAGGAAUACACUUUUAUAUGAGUAUCGUAAAAAAUGCCAUCCUAUAGGAUGUUUUGGAGCUCACAGACUAGAUUUUCAAUAAUUAGUGAUAACAUGUCACGUAACAGAUAUGAUAAAUUACGAUCUAAUUUUCAUGUAAACCAUUAUGAAAAUUUACUUCCACGAGACAACUCAAAUCAUGACAAACUUUUUAAAAUCCGUCCGUUUAUAGAUUCUGUUAGGAAUAAUAUGAAAAGAGUACCAGUUGAAGAAUACAGUUCAAUUGACGAAAUAAUUAUACCAUUCAAAGGUAGAUUUGUCAUGAAACAAUAUAAUAAAAACAAACCGCAUAAGUGGGGUAUCAAAAUUGUUCGAACAGGCUAUUGCGUUCUGUCUGGCCGCGACAACCGGUUCCCCCCGAUAGCGUGCCGAUUCUGGAAUGUUCGAGAACUUUCGGUCGGCACGCUUCGUCGCGCUGGCAUCACGAUCCGGGCGAUCCAUGGUCCGACACUUGCAACCGAGCGAGCUGGUGGUUCCCACCGGGUGUGUGACUUUUCUUUUGCCGUCGUGCAUGUUACCGCCGGGUGUGUGACGUUUCUUUUGCCGUCGUGCAUGUUAUCGCCGGGUGUGUGACUUUUACUUUGCCGUCGUGCGUAUCACCGCCGAGCGUAUUACCCCUUUUGCCGUGGUCCGUCAAUUUCGUGUGCGUGGCUUGUCCUUUCCACAUCGCCAUUCAAGCCAUCGGCAGUGUCAUCGUCGUCGAGGUUGGUCGCGUCCAGUGAGCUUCCGAAGUCGUCAACAUCUGUCGGUCUUGGUGGCUGUCGCACGUGCUGUGUGCACGGUCGCGUGGGCGCAACCACACAGACCAUAAGACCGAUCGAGGUAUUUAUGAUCGAAACUGGUGACACGUAGCGUGAUUUAACUUGUGUAUUGUUCACAAUAAUUAUUGUUCAUUUGAUUAUUUUAAUCCUUGGGCGCCCAUCAAAUGUGUAAUUAUUAUUAUUGUUAUUAUUAUGGGAUAUUUACUUUAAUACAAAUUAACGGUAUCAUAAUUUAUGUCCUUGACUUAAUUUGAGGCUACCUCUGUCCCUCAUUCCUUUUUGCGGAUUGACGUUGUAGUCGGGUUUAUUUCGAGUGUGGCGAAGCCGUCGGGUUACCUCUGUCCGACCAUUGAGGUUUCGCGUACAUUUUUGGUAGCAGAGCGUGGUUAAACUCCACACAUUUUUUUUUAUAUAUGUUUGCUCCACACAAUUUGGAACGUCAGUUAUAAUUUUUUCAAGGGAAAGAUUAAUUUUAUAUUGAGGGGUAUUCCACCACUUAGGGUUUUCCGUAUUGCCUGUCGGCUGCCGUCGUUGACGUGCAGUUAUCGGUGACAUCGUCAUCUGUUUACCACCGGUCGGUUCACGUCCCGCUACAUUUAUCAUUACCGGCUCUCUAUUAUCGAUAGCUUUAUUGAUUCAUUGUUUUUUUUUUCGUUCGGAUUAAUUAUUAUCAUGCCUUAUAACGACGUCGGUAGAGAUAACGCGACAGAAAAAUCGCGUCAGGAACGAUGUAUGACCAGGGCAAUUACGAAACGUACGACGAUUAUCGCGUCUAUUCGUGCGAUACACGCAUUGUCAUUACGUGCAGAUAAAGAACCGGGUCUCAUACCUGAGUUAUUAAUUAGUGUCGAUGGCCUCGAUGCAUUAUGGUCGGAUUUUAAUGUCGAGGAUAAUGCAGUUCUUGAUUGUUUGAUAGAAUUAGAUGUAGUUGUUGAUUAUUCCCCAGAUCUCGUUCCCGAGGUGCGCGGGCUCGUUAACGCAGCAAAAGCCGUAGCUGCCCUUUAUCGCACAGCGACUAAUGUCGAUCAUGUUCACACGACUCCGAUCGAAUCUAAUACGCACACACAUGCGUCUCUAUCACGGUUGCCUGAAAUUCCACUGCCACAAUUUAAUGGUAAUCUUCAUAAUUGGGCUACAUUUCGUGAUAGAUUUACCGCGUUAGUGGACACCCGUCCCGGUUUGGCAAAAAUAGACAAACUGUAUUACCUGAUCGGUUGUGUGAAAGAUUCUGCUGCUGACGCGAUACGUGGUAUUCCAGUUGUUUGCCAUUGAUUCCAAGAGUGGUAUAAUUCAUGACUUUGAAAUUUAUGUUGGGAAGGGCACUGUACAACUGUUCGACACAGGACUUGGGGUCUGAGCGGAGACAUCGUCAUGCGAUUAACUGAAUGCAUACCUAAAUUUGAAAAUUAUAAAGUAGCUGUAGACAACUGGUUUUAUUCUUAUAGUCUCCAAUGUCGUACAAAAUAUGCGGGCUUACAAUGUAUUGGAACUGUACGAUCAAAUAGAACGGGUAAUUGUGAUUUUGAGACUGAUAAUGUAAUGAAAAAAAGUGGACGUGGCUCGUAUAACUGGAAAGUUGACUCUACAAAUGAAAUAGUUUUUUGUAAGUGGUUUGAUAAUAAGUAUGUGCAUAUUAUAUCAAACUAUAUGGGAAUAGACCAACUGAUUCCGUUGAAAGAUGGAGUAUGUCAAAUAAAAAAUAUGUUUCUGUUGUCAGACCAGCCUGUGUGAAGGAAUAUAAUAGCUUCAUGGGGGGAAUUGACCUGCAUGACAUGCUGGUAGAAUUGUACAGGACAGAAAAUAAAGUUAAACGCUAUUAUUUACGAAUCAUACACCAUAUUUUAGAUAUGUGCACUGUAAAUGCUUGGUUACUAUACAGAAGACACUGUCAGCAAUUACACAUAACUAAGUAUCAAAGUAUGUUGCAAUUCAAAACUAAUAUUGCUGAAGGACUUAUAAAUGCUGGAUUUAAUAAAAAAAAACAAAGGGGACGUCCAUCUUCAAGUAUAAAUUUUGUAAAUCCUACAACUCCUAAAAAAAAGAACAUUGGCCAUGUCCUAUUAGUGAAAGAGGUGCAAACAUUGUUCAAAACAUAGUUAUUCUAGAAUGAAAUGCGAAAAGUGUAAUGUUAACCUUUGUUUGAAUAAUAAUAAAAACUGUUUUGUAAGUUUUCACAACAAAUAACAAAUAAUUAAAUUAAUCAAAUGCCUAAUUCAUUGUUAUUUUGUUUUUUACUGUAUUUUAUUUUAUUUCAUUUAAUCAUUACUAUACUCUUUUGUCUUAACCCUUUAUAGGGCAGAGGGAAAUUAUUUCCCACCUUAGCAAAAAAAAAUACUGUAACUUGUGAUUUUAGUGAAAUAAUUUCCCACUUAUAUGAAGCGAAUGUUCAUAGUUUUCUGCGUUUAUUAUUAUAUAGGUAUUUUUACUCUAGCACACUCUAGUAAUGAGUUAUUGAAAUAAAACGUUCCCAGCGGGAAAUAAUUUCCCACUGCCCAUUCAUGGUAUCUGAUUAUUCCGAGAAUUAUUUAUAGUUUUGUUUCAAUUGAAAUUUAUUGUUGAUAAAAUCGUUUAAUUUAUCUGUGAUCAGUAUAAUUAAAUACCUAGCUUAGUUUUUGGUCUUUAUUUUCGUGUGAUAAUGAAAUAUCAUAUCAUACUGUAUUAUUAUUAUUAAUUUUUCGUGACACGUUUUUCAUGUCAAUAUUUUUUUACUCUAACUAAAACGACUACAAAGAAGAUAGAUUGCUGUUAGGAACUCAAAGAUUGUAUCAAUUUAACAAAUAAGUCAUAAGGAAUCAAUAUAUAUAUAUACGAUGGAUUAUAAACUUAAUGAUCAAGAUAUAUUAUAUGAGUUAUUUGAUAUAACCACCAUCCCAAAAAAGAUCAAAAACAAACUUGGAAGUAAUUUCAACUAUUGAAACACAUAUUGCAACUAAAAUUUUUAAAUACAGACGCUGUUUUAGAUGUAGUACCAAAAAACAUGACAAAAGAUCUAAUAUGAUAUGUGCAACUUGCAACAAGGUUUUAUGCAAAGAUUGUUUUGCUGAGUACCAUAAAACUUAGUAUAUUUUAUUGAUUUUAAUGGCCUAUUACAACAGUUGAUGUAUUUUUUUUUUUUAGAAAGUUUAUUUUAUUUUCAUUUUCAAGACUGAAUUGAAUUAUCUAA